CUCGGCUCACUUCGAAUUCCUCAAAGGCGCAUGAGAGACACAUCGCACCGCAUGAACAAAAGCAAUCCUUCCUCGUGAUCAACAUAGCUCAGUCUUCUUCUUCUUCUUCUUGUCUCUACAUACUCCUACUUUCACUGCUCCUGCCUCUUCUCUUUCUCUCAGACACAUCAAUCCAGCAUCAAUACCAUCACCAUGGCUCAAGCACCAAACAAAGCACAGGAACGCCUCUCACAGGUCUCCUCCCACCUUGGUGGCUCACCUUCCUCGAACAAAUCCAUCCUCUCAAAGUCGCCCGACGAUAUUGUCGUUACCUGCGCCCUCAGAACUCCCUUCACCAAGGGUGGCAAGGGGCUAUUGAAAGACACGGCGGCCGCCGACCUCCUGGCCCUCACAUUCAAGAACCUUCUGCAACGGUCCAAGAUUGAUCCUGCGCUGGUCGAAGACAUCGCCACGGGCUGCGUCCUUGCUCCUGGUGGCGGUGCCACAGAAUACCGAGCUGCUGCUUUGGUGGCAGGCUUCCCCGAGUCCACUGCCCUCAAGUCCCUCAACAGACAAUGUUCCAGCGGACUGCAAGCCUGUGUGGACAUCGCCAACGCCAUCAAGGCCGGCAUGAUUGAGAUCGGCAUUGGCUCCGGUGUUGAGAGCAUGUCAUCGCAAUACGGCCCAGGUGCGGUGACGGAGUUCUCGGAACUCUUGGAAAAUCACAUGCAAGCUGCCAACUGCAAAGUGCCCAUGGGUGUUUUAUCAGAACAGAUGGCCAAAGACAGGAAGAUCUCUCGAGCAGAUCAAGACGCAUUCGCUGCCAGCUCAUACCAAAAAGCGUUGAAGGCCCAACAAGCUGGUCUGUUUGACGAGGAGAUUGCUCCUGUGACUGUCAAAUAUACAGAUCCCAAGACAGAGGAAGAAAAGACGGUCACAGUCACAAAAGAUGAUGGUGUCAGACCUGGUAUCACGCCCGAAUCUCUGGGCAAGAUUCGGGCCGCAUUUGCUAAGGACGGGUCAAUCCACGCUGGCAAUGCCUCACAAGUAUCUGAUGGAGCGGCGGCCGUGCUCCUGAUGAAGCGCAGCACUGCAGAACGUCUCGGUCAACCCAUCCUUGGUAAAUUCGUCGCAUCGUCAGUUGUCGGCGUGCCCCCAUUACUUAUGGGUAUCGGACCAUGGAAGGCUAUCCCGAUUGCUCUGGAGAAAGCCGGCAUCAACAAAGACGAGGUCGACAUUUACGAGAUCAACGAAGCCUUCGCUAGCCAGGCAGUCUGGUGUGUUAAGGAGCUUGGCCUGCCGUUUGAGAAGGUCAAUCCAAAGGGCGGAGCCAUUGCAUUUGGUCAUCCACUUGGAUGUACGGGCGCCAGACAGGUGAGCACCUUGUUCACUGAGUUGCAAAGGACCGGAAAGCAAAUUGGCGUCACGAGUAUGUGUGUAGGAACAGGAAUGGGCAUGGCUGCCGUUUGGGUUGCCGAAUAGAGGACUAUAGACUUCCUUCGAGCAUGUAUGGCGUCAUGGUUUCGCUUCGACUAUAUGUAUGGAUAUAACCACGGCGAAAUUGAGCCGUCAACCUGAAAUACCUGACCAUCCCAUGCUUCGCCAGUGUUUGUCGCCGACCCCAGUCAAUCUCAACGUCUCAAUAUUGCAUAUGGGUGAACAACCGUGUCUAGCGUUCGAGGACAAUAUCCCCGGUUGAAAGGAACUCGAGUGCACCUUCUGAUAUGCACCGGUCUAGGUACCUACAGCUAGAUAUCGUUGCAAUCAGCAGUCCGACACGUCCUCGACACGGAUCAUCGCUAUGCUCCGCAGUCUAGGAUCGUUUGACAGGGUAGAUGUGACCUCGCCGAAUCUAACGCUCUUCAAAAAUCUGCCGCUCUCGUUUGCUACCCUCAGG